AUGCUUUUUACCAAAACAGGUGUUGUGUAUAAGCAAGUUAUUAAUCUUAUCGUGUUUUAUUUUUUUACAAACUUAAUUAUUAUAGUUUUGUGCAACAAGAGCAAAACACUCAGAGACAGAAACAUCUUAAACUAUAAAUGGAAAAGAAAAUUGGAAUUACAGCCAAAUAGGACAAGGAAAAGUAAAUAUGCAUAUUUCAUAUAUUCUAAUAAUCUGUACAGAAAAGUAGACGUUAAUGAAAGAGAAUAUAAGUUAAAUGAUGAUUUGAAAAAUAUAAUUCUACUCUUCGGAAGAAUAGCGGAGCAUUAUUAUCCUAACACAGCAGAACAAUUCAAUCUUUUUAAAGAACCUUAUAGUAAAUAUAUAUAUACUAAUGAGAAUAACAGUUCAUUGAAAUGGAAACAUGUUUUUAACAACUAUCAUAAUAAAAAAAUUGAUAAAAAUGUAUUUUAUGAAAAAAUAUGUGAACUGAAAUUUAAAUGGCCAAUUAAUGAAGAUGAAAAUAUUACAGAGCAUAAUUUUUACAACUUAGUCAUAGAAAAGUGUUUAAAUAAUAUCUACACUGUGAGGAACAAUAUUCACAAUUUAAAAAUUUUACUAACGAAAAUUAUAGAAAAUAAGAAAAAUAAAAAAAACAAAGGGAACAAGGAAAAUGAGGAAAACAUCGACUAUAGCGAAGGCACCCAAAGUAGCCAAAAUAGUCAAAAUGACCAAACUAGCCAAAAUGGCCAAACUAACCAAACUAGCCAAAAUGGCCAAACUAUCCAUAGUGGCGAAGUCGGUGAUAAUGUCUACAUUAACAAUUUAUACGAUGAACUAGAGAAGGAGUUUAUAAAUGAAAACGAAGACUUAUAUCACGCUCCCUCAUCUACAAGCUCUGGGUUAGCAAACGACAAAAGAAUAAAACUGCUAGAAAAAUUAGAAAAUUUUCACUUAAAUGAUAUUUUUAAACAGCCUAACAGGUCUUAUAGUAGAUUACUUGUUAAUGAAGUUUUUAAUAGGGAAUACCCAUCUAAAAAAACUACGGACAUAUUUUUAUAUCUCGUUUUUCAAAAAAAUGUAGAAGAAUUUUCCUAUGAACAUUUCUUAAAAUAUUUAAACAGACUUGGAAAAAAAAUUGAACUUUAUAAUUGUAACUAUAAUUCAAAUAUUUAUUUUGAUCACUUUUUUUUUCUUAUGAAAAAUGAAAUUAAAAAAAGUUCCAUUCAGCUUAAAAAUAAAAAAUAUUUCUCUUCUCCUAAAAUUGACAAAGCUAAAAAGGAAUAUCCAUCUAAUAAAAAUAACUAUGAAAACAGUCAUAAUACUAUAACAUAUAACAAUAAAAAAAAAAAGAAAAAAAAUUCUAUUAUUAUGGAACAAGAACUAAAUAGUCAUAAAUUUAAUAAAUUCAAAGGUAAAAUAAAAGACAAGGAAGAAGGACUGCCCCCAAUAGAAAACUUAAACAACCAGUCGAAAUUUAUAAUGCAAGCAAGUUUACACAAUGAAAAAAAUAUAUAUCAAAAUAAAAAACUACAAACUGAUGUUUAUACAACUUCAAAAAUGACGGGAAGCAAUUUCAAGAAUAAAAUUAUUUCGCUAUUUAACUAUAUAGUGAAUACUAUAAAAAUGGGUUUUUAG